CACCCGCCCCUGCGUUUGCGGCCUCCACGCUGUAGGGGCCGCUGUGGCAAUGAACCUGAUGGGCGCUCUGGGCGGCUCUGUCCUGCACGCGGCGAGGAGGCGGAGCUGAGAGGACGCGCAGGGUGGGUGACCUCGCAGCAGGUAAUAAAUCCUCAUUAGUCAAGAAGAUGUCUUCAGCACCGGAGUCUCCUGGCUUUAAAGAGGAACCAUCCAAAGAGAAAGACUUUAGAAACCCAGGGUUCAGAGGGGUCCGUACAACAACCUUAUUUCGAGCUGUGAAUCCAGAGCUCUUCAUUAAACCUAACAAACCUGUAAUGGCUUUCGGAUUGAUAACCCUUUCACUUUGCGUGGCGUAUAUUGGUUAUCUACAUGCAACACAAGAGAAUAAAAAGGACCUAUAUGAAGCUAUUGAUAGUGAGGGACACAGUUACAUGAGGAGGAGAACAUCUAAAUGGGAUUAAUAGUGCUGGAUACUGCAGAUGGAACUUCAUAAAAGGCUCUGAAAUCUUUGAAGGAAAGACUGUGAGUGCAUAGUAUCAGCUUGUUCUAGAACGUGUUGAUGAGGAAAGAAGGUAACAGUUGCAGCCAGGCCUUGAGGCUGUAUUCCUUACCUCAUUCUUUUUCCAUAGAGGGAGCUUCUCAAUAUUGUUCUUUUAUUAAGUCCUCGUAUCAAAGUGCCAGGAGAAUGGAAGUCGUUUUGUUAAUUAUUAAGUUCUGUAUAAUAAAAGUACCCAGUGCUGUCAGA